AUGGCUCAUUUGAAAGCAACUCCCAGGGCUGGAUUGGGACCACAGCUGUUUGCCAUGGCUCCUGAGGCGGCCUUCAAAAUCGCACAUCAGCGGGUGUCAAUCGAGGUAGACAUGUCCACUCACUCAUUGGUUGGAUCCACAGAGAUUAUACUGAUACCAUUGAGUGACAAACUGGAAUUUGUGACUCUGGACUGCAAAGAAAUGACUGUCACAGGGGUGAUUGUGGAAAAUAGGCGGUGUGAUAAUUAUAUUCAUGACGACCCAUACCGAUGGUAUGCUGAGAGAUAUAGCAACGGAAAGCUCACAGAAUCCCCUUUAUUUGGCAACAACUCUGUGGAACAAGCUCAUUUUUUGAGGAACAAAUUUGCAGAGCUCAAUCAACCUUCGGAAUCAUCAGAUACCACUCGCUCUCAACUCACGAUCAGAAUUCCAGCAUCUGUCAAGAUUACGCUUCAAGAAGCUAACACGGUUACAUCAUUUACUCCAAUCACGCCUUCUAUACGAACUCCAGCCCAAGAUACGAUUUAUUCUCCAAUAUCUAUCAAGAUAAAUUACCAGCUCCACAACCCUACGAGCGGAAUUCAAUUUGACACUUCUCGCGAAAGCCAUCUAUGGACCACCUGCUCCACCAACACGGAAUGGAAUGCGAGCGCGUCUCGUUGGCUGCCUUGUGUGGAUACCAUGGAGGAGAAAUGUACAUGGGAACUGGAGUUUAGUGUGCCCAAAAAAGUCAAAGACAUUGGGACUAGCAAUAUCAUUGGAGCUUUGCAUCCAAAACGGCGUAAACUGCGGGAUGGUCAGGCCAGUACAGUCGAUAAGGGUGACUUUGAAAAUGAUCAAGGUGAACAUCACAGCCGAAACCGCAACGGCCGCGAUCAGGAAAACAACCAUAACGAUGAUGAAGAGGAUGAGGUUUAUGAAGAAGAAGAGGAAGACAACCCGCUCAAUCGUGAUUUAGUCGUUUGUUGCUCGGAAUUUUCAACAGGGAAAGAAGUUCCCCACCCCACCGAUUUGUCAAGAAAAUUGGUCUCCUUUCAAAUUUUCAAUCCAGUAGCCCCUCACCAUAUAGGAUGGGCAUUGGGCGCUUUUCAAACUUGGACCCUACCACAAAUUAAAGCUCAAGAAGAGCCCGAAGAUGACCUUGACGAAUCGCUUGCUGUUCAAGAAAAUCAGGAGGACGAGGAAAGGGAUAUUGUACCAAUUCAAAUCUAUACUCUACCCAGUCCUGAUAUCGAUGAGAGGACGAUUCUGAAUUCAACACUAGUCACACAAGAAAUUCUUGAUUUCUACUCCAAAGAAUUCGGGUCAUACUCCUUUACUUCUUAUUCUCUCCUAUUUCUUCCCUCUAUACCAGAUGAUGUUAUGGACUUUGCAGGUGCUUCCUUUUGUAAUACAAGGCUAUUGUAUCCGCCUGAAGUUAUCGAUUUAACAUUUUCCACAACCGACCAACUAAGUAGGGCUUUGGCCUGCCAGUGGGCGGGUGUCAAUGUAACUCCUCAGGAUUUGAAUGAUAUAUGGUGCUGCAUAGGUAUGGCUGGAUAUAUGGCUUUACAGUUCUCUAAGCAUUUGAUUGGUCUUAACGAGUUUAAGUAUAGAGUUAAGAUUUUAUCGGAGCAAGUGGUCAACCAAGAUUGGGAGAAACCACCAAUGGCGGAAGCUUUUACGAAUGCGUCGAUGCCAGUCACGUCCCUUUCCAAAGAGUUAGAAUUCAUAAAGUUAAAGGCACCCAUCGUUCUGUUCAUUAUGGAUCGCAGGAUGACCAAAACUGAGCGAUCUUUUGGUAUGUCUCGAGUAUUACCUAAGAUUUUCCUACAAGCUAUGUCAGGGGAUUUACCCAACAGUACCCUUUCAACAGCACAUUUUCAGCAUGUCUGUGAGAGGGUGAACAAAAACAAGCUGGAAAGCUUUUUCAGAGAAUGGGUGUAUGGCUCCGGUGUACCGGUGUUCAGAAUUACGCAACGAUUUAACAAAAAGAGAAUGGUUGUAGAGAUGGGUAUACGCCAGUGCCAAGUACAAGAACUCGGUCAAGACAAAACUGUUGGUACGGAAGGGUUUCAAUCCAGUGCCUUAAAUCAUAUAUGCUAUCCUAACAAGAAUCUGACACCAAUCUUCACAGGUUCAAUGACUAUCAGGAUUCACGAAGCUGACGGUACCCCCUACGAGCAUAUAGUCGAGCUAAAAGAUACUUUCACAAAGCUCGACAUUCAAUACAAUACAAAAUACAAGAGGUUGAAGAGAAGAAGAAAAAUAAACAAAUCCGCUAAACAAGAAGGUAAGGAGCAAACUCCUUUGGAAGCUGCGGAAGCUUUAGUUCCGGAAGACGAGAACGAAGAUAUCGUCUUGGUGAACAGUCUCGGAGAUGUUCUUACAAGCACGAAAGACUGCCACCAGUGGACUCUCACAGACCCUCUGAUGACAAGUGAGGGUGACGAAUUUCAGCAGCAGAAUGAAGCAUUUGAGUGGAUCAGAAUUGACGCUGAUUUUGAAUGGAUUUGCAAGAUACAUAUUAACCAACCAGACUAUAUGUUUGCGUCUCAAUUGCAGCAAGAUCGAGAUGUAGAAGCGCAGAUAGACAGCAUACGAUUUUUUGAAGAUGUGGUGAUGAAUUCGAACAUGAAAUCUCAGGUUUACUCUUCCAUUCUUACGAGGACUGUUAUGGAUGAUAGGUAUUUUUAUGGUGUGAGAAUUGAAGCAUGUAAGGCUCUUUCCAGUUUUAUUAUUCCUCAGUCUAGUUCAGACACUUUUGCCGGAGGGGCUAAGCAUUUGAUGAAGAUUUUUCAACAUUAUUUUUGUUACGAAAACUCCAAUAUUCCGUUCAACAAUGACUUUUCUGACUACCAACGAUACUUUUUGCAAAGAGCUAUCCCUCAAUUUUUAUCGCGAGUGAAAAAUGAUAAUAGCGUGUGCCCAAAGUUCGUGAAACGUUUUUUGUUGAACAUUCUAAGAUAUAACGAGAACGCAGACAAUUGUUACAACGAUACGCAUUAUGUUGUUAAUCUUAUAACAAGUACUGUGACAAGUGCACUCGGAGAUCCAGAUGACGUAUCCUUUUACGAAGACUUGCUCCAUGAACUGCGCCGAUUCAACAACUUGGACCAGUGGAUUCCAUCGUAUCAAUUACUCGUCACAAAAUGUAUUAUGAACCAGCACUUGAGACUGGCAAUGGAUGGGUUUUAUGUCUACGAUGACAUUGCCAGUGUACUGGAAUUCGCAGUAAAAGACUCACUCAGCUCACCCACAGAUACUAGUGUACGCAUCCGAGAAGGAAUGCAGGACUUGAUGCUGACGUCGUUCAAAGUUCUGCUUGUAGGUGGUGGUAUCAAAAACAGAGAGGCUUUGAAGUUAUUUUUCGAGUAUAUGCUGAUGCAUCCCGAUCCAUACAUUAGGGUAAAACUAAUGGGAACACUAAUAAGCUCCAUUGAUUUCAUAGCAGCAAAAAGAUAUCUCGAGGAUUUAGAUGAUGACCUGGAAUCGAUACAUGCGACCAUCAAUCCUAUUUCGGAGAAGGAAAGGUCAAAUCUAGGAAAUUCCAAUAUUAUUGUGGAGCGCUUUAGUGCAGAGGCAGCCAAUAAAAGAGAAACACAACUUCGGACAAGCAUCGGUGGUCUUAUCACACUCCUUCGCCGAAAAUUUGCCAGCUACGAGCCAUUAAAACAAAUAAUAUGGGACAGUCUGCACUCGCCGCUCUCAAACGUUUACCACAGAAAGAGUUUGUUCGAUCUAGUGAGAGUCAUCUACAGAAUGGAAGACAGUUUCUAUGUGAGCCUCCCAAUCCCAAGAGACCGUAAGCUUGUUGCCCGGAAUCUUGGCAAUGGGGUCGUAAAGUUACGCAGGGAGGGUAUCUUGAAGGUCCACUUAGCCCCCAAAAUCAAGAUCAACGCUAAACUCAAGCCUUCUAUCACGCCGAAGACUUCUUCGGUCAAGUUGAAACUGAGCUUAACGAACUCCAAGAAGCCUAUCACGCCGUCAAAGACUCGAGUUAGUGCCAAUAUCAGCGCCCCACCAUCGCCAAAAAAAACUCCGAAAGUUGUGAAAAGUUCAAUAACGAAAGUGGGAUCACUACCUCUCAGAUUUGUAAAAAUAUCUUCUACGAAACGCACAGUCGACGUAUCCGCAACAUCCUUUAAUGACAAUGUCAGCGUCGUGAAGUCUAAUGCUAGAUCGCUUGUGCUUAAAAUCAGGAUCCCCAAAAAAGAGGAGUAA